AUAGAUAAGCGCCAGUCGGGCUAUUUUCCCGUGAUCCUUUGCUCCGGCUUGUCUCUGACCUCUGUGCGCUAGAAGACGGACAGACAUGGUGCCUCCUGUGCAGGUUUCUCCUCUCAUUAAGACAGCCAGGUACUCGGCCUUGCUGGUGGGGAUCAUCUACGGCAAGAAGCGCUAUGAUUACCUGAAACCUGUAGCAGCGGAGGAGAGGAGAAUUGAGGAGGAGGAGAAGAAAGUGAGGGAGGAACAGGAACGCAUCGCUAAACAGCUUGCAGAGGCAAAUGAAGACACAAUCCUGAAGUGAGCACUGCAGCGUACGCUGUGUUUAUGGACCCGUUCUGGAGGUCUCACUGUUUGGUUCUUCUCCUCUCGUCAGUUACUUGCUCACCUUCC